GCAUCCACUUUCGACACUGCACACUUCUAUAGAGCACGCAUUGAGCUUAUUGGAUGCUGACGAGAGCUUAUCGAAGGAUUAUGAGGAUCCUGGAUCGAACACAACUAUGGGGUGUCCUUCCCGCGCUACUCAAUUGGGAUUUUCCUCAGAUUUUUAAUUUGCAUUACUGCAUCGUUGUAGAGCUCAUUUACUCCAUUCUGUCAGUUUUCCGGUUUCGCCGAUAUUGAGGCGCUACCAAAGGUUCAAAAACAAAGUGUCAGUCCAUAGUGCAGUUGUGUAAUUAGGUCGCGCUUUGUGAGGAGUUUCUUGCAACAUAGUAUUGUUCUGUGAAAUAUAUUUG